CAGAUCCUCAUGGUUUGAGAUCAUUAGUGGAGCCCUACCAUGCAGAAGGUUAUAUCCAAAGUACAAGCGACAGGUAUCGAUUUAAUUGACCAAUACUGGAGAAUAUUUAAGCAAAGGUUGUUAUGGUGCAUAUAUUGUCCCUUAAAAACAAAAACUUUCUGAAACUUUCCUUCCUGUAUAAGUUACAUUAUGACCUAUAUUCAGACGUGAAGAGGAUCUGUGUGGUUUGACAGUUUCAUUACACUGACCAAAAAUAUUCAAAAUCUUCUCAGACUUGUUCAAAAAAGUUUGGUGUUCAAUAAAGUUUGUUCAAACCCAAUAGACGUACCAAUACUGAACUUUAAAGGGACACUAUAGUCACCAGAACCAAUACAGCUUAAUGUAGUUGUCAUGAUGUCUAUAGCCUGUCCCUGAAGGCUUUUCAAUGUAAACAUUGCAUUUUUUAGAGUAAAGGCAGUGUUUACAUUUCUGUCUAGUAACAACUCUAGUGGCCGUUAUUCAAAUGGACACUAAAAUGUCUACUAUCUACCCACAUUCAGCGUCUCCAUGAUCUGCAAGGAGGCACUGGACAUUUUUCCAUAGAGAUGCACUGAUUUUAUGCAUCUCUAUGACGAGAUGCUAAUUGUCCCACAUUUUGCAGCUCAAUAGCCUCCCAAUGCUUUCCUUGGCUGAGAUAAUCAAGACUGAUAAUCUCACUAUGGAUGUGGGCCAUUCACGGCGAGAAAGGCACAACGUUGGAAAAAAGGCGAGUAAAAACACCAUACGAUCAGAGGGGGUUGGUGACCUAAACAAAUACAUUCACUGACAGACACACACACACACACACCCAUUCUAUCACACAAUAUAUAUAUUAUUUUUUUAUACACUCAAAUAGGUACACACAGAGAUUCAUAGAUACACACAAAUACACAUACAGACAUACACGCAUGACACCCCGCUCCUCCUCCUGUAUCUCCAUGCCGAGAGGAAGUGAAUGGAACAGCUUCCUCCCAGUGCUGAGGUCGAGCAUGGGAAUGGGUGGGCGGCCGGCUUUGCAGAAUGGGGGCGGGACGUGAGCGUAGCCGUCUUUACUCAGACCCCUGCCAUCUUACAAUUCUCCUUGAGGCUGUGAGGAAGUGAUUACAGCUCCCUUCACUUACUCCAGGCGUGCAGAUAGCUUCACGGCGAUGGAGGGAACGGGCUGACAAAUCCAGGCACCAGGACAAAAUUCUUAAAUGUUAUGGCGACCUGGCGUCUGGGAUAUGUCGAACCCGGUUUUACUAAAAACAGAGCCCUAUAUUAGACAAGUAAUAGUCUAUACUUUCUCUAUUGUGUGUGUGUGAUAUAUAUGUAUAUAUGUGUGUUUGUUACAGUGGAAUCUCAGUGUAACUCCAACACAGUUUAUCUGUGAUUCCAUCUUCAUGAAAAUCCCAAAGGUGACAAUGUGGCUUCAUACUUUAUAUUCAGAUGAUCAUAAAUUGAAAAACUGUGAAAUGAAACGCUUUCUUUUGCAUAUUGUUGACCGACCUGAUUGGUUUUUUUUCUGCCUACAUUACGAUGUAACCAUGUAACCAUGUAAAAAGGAGGAAUAUCAAGAUUUAUGUUUGACGUAAAGGCUUAAGAUUAAAAACAAAAUCUGUGUUAUAUCAAGUCAUGACAUUAAACUUCCUGCUUGUGAAAGGUUUCUAAAAAUAAAUAAAAAUGAAUCUCAAAUUGGGGUUGUUAAAAUCAAAGACAUAAAUCUCAACAAACUCUGCUAACUAGUCAAAGCUGCUCUACCACUACCGUGUCAAUUUUGUUUGUGGUUUCUCUACGAAAUACCCAUACUGAUCAAGUUGGAAUAUCAUUAAAAAUUAGGAGCCUUCUAAAUAUAGGGACUACUUGGUCAUGUGGUCAAAUCUAAGUUGACAAAACAUGGAGCCUACAAGGGAGACGUUCAGGUAGGUACAGUUGCAAGAAAAAGUAUGUGAACCCUUUGGAAUGAUAUGGACUUCUGCACAAAUUGGUCAUAAAAUGUGAUUUUUAUAGGGCAGGGCAGCUGUAACCAACACCUCCAAUCUCAUCUCAUUGAUUGGACUCCAGUUGGCUGACAUCUCACUCCAAUUAGCUCUUGGAGAUGUCAUUAGUCUAGGGGUUCACAUACUUUUUCCACCUGCACUGUGAAUGUUUACAUGGUGUGUUCAAUAAAAACAUGGCAACAUUUCAUUCUUUGUGUGUUAUUAGUUUAAGCAGACUGUGAUUGUCUAUUGUUGUGACUUAAGGACCACUAUAGUGCCAGGAAAACAUACUCGUUUUCCUGGCACUAUAGUACCUGAGUACCCCACCCUCAGGGACCCCCUCCCGCCCAGCUCUGGAAGGGGGAAAGGGUAAAAACUUACCUUUUUCCAGCGCUGGGCGGGGAGCUCUCCUCCUCCGAUCCGCCCCGUCGGCUGAAUGCGCACGCGCGGCAAGAGCUGCGCGCGCAUUCAGCCAGUCGCAUAGGAAAGCAUUCAUAAUGCUUUCCUAUGGACGCUGGCGUGCUCUCACUAGGUUAACCCUAGCUGGACCUGGCACCCAGACCACUUCAUUAAGCUGAAGUGGUCUGGGUGCCUAGAGUGGUCCUUUAAAUGAUGAUCAGAUCACAUUUUAUGACCAAUUUGUGCAACUGUAUAUCCAUCUACCUUCAGCUUCUUCCCUAGCUGACAAAAUAUAAGCAGUUGUGUCGCAGACAGGAUAGCGACACUUUAAUGCACACAUUACAAGGUCAAACUCAAGAACACACUGGUUUAAAAAUCACCCAAGCAGAAAAUUACGCCUACUAGAACUCUGGAACUUAUUAACAACAAGUGGUCACCAAAUUAUUAUUUAACCAGAGAGAUAUCCAAUUCAACUGGAAGAGUCAUAUCAGCUGUUAAACAGGAGUAGUCAGUUCUCUGGAACAUUUACCCCCCACACAUAUGGCCCGGGACCCAAACAUACACAUGGUCACAGAGACGUACAUUUGAACACAAAGAUACUCACUGUCAGACUCACUCUCAGACACAGUGACUGUGAUAGUUAUUAAUGGGCAAAGGGGGCUAGGGGGCCCAAGCAAAUGCUUGCCCAGGGUCCAAUCUAUAUUAAAGAUGGCCCUGGCCAUCUCCACUCAUGGUCUGGUGGUCACAGGGUGUAGGGGAAGGCACUUGUACUUACCUGAAGCUGUCCCUCGUGGCCGCCACCAUAUUCAUUCUGUGCAGAUGCCUCUAUAGAUCAAUGUCUGAAUCCCAAAGUUAAUGGUGGAGCUCCACCUUUUGUCAACCUUAGAUUUAGCAUAAAACAAAGUAGUCCCUGCGGCUCUAUGGCUCAGACCAGUGUCUGCCCUGCUGCAGGGCUAAAUGUGAAACAAAUUCUUCCUGUCUGGCACCAAGACCUGCCUGUCCCGGCAUCAGGAAUUCCCCAUCCCCAAGUGAACUGAAAUACUUGUGGAGUUGGAUAAUGAUGGGGGUUAAAAUGUACAGUUUCCAGGCAGAUCUGGAUUCUGAUUCCCCAGGACCCUAGGAAGGAUGCCUGAUUGGGGCUCCCACCAAGAGACCACGGUUCUAUUCCGCGUGAGGGGACAGACAGCUGAGUGUUUUGCGUGUGGUGGCUGAUUGUUGUGUGUGUUGGUGGCCAAAUCUUGGAGACUGAGUGUUGUGCAUGUGGACAGGAGGUGUGAAUGCGGUCCUGCGUAAGGAGUGUUAUGUGUUGGAGGAAGAAGGUGGAGUGUGUGUGUGUGGGUAGACUUUUCCUUUCCUUCAUCUUUAAAGGGACCUACUAGGCACCAAAACCUCUACGGCUUAAUCAGUGGCGACUCUAGAAACAUUAUCUGUGGGCAUAAAACAGGCGACAGUAAACACUGAGGGGAGGAAGGCACUAAUAAUUUGGGGAAAAGUACCGAUUUUGGCUUUCUAAUGUACCGCCAUUGGCUGUCUAAUGUACAAUGGAUUUCCCCUGAGAGAUGACAGUAGACUGCCCUGGAGGUAAGGGAUAUUAUCAGUACAGAGAUUCAAAGCUAGGUACACACCAGUUCUCCAACGUACAUCAGACUUUCCCAUUUUUACAUCACACAUGAAUGAAGAUACUCAACCAGCUAAUCAAAGUACUCUAGAUUCAUUCAUGUCUUUUCGUGACAUGCCGAGUUCUGGAUAUCCAAUAAAAGCUAAUAAAAUGACUUUCUAUUUCACGCUAUCCUAACUCCAUUUAACAUCUGCGUUUGAAUCACUCAGCAUCACUUCAAGAUGAAAUCUUUGGUGGUGAUAGAAUCAUGGAUAGAUUGCAGGACAGUGGGAUGCAUGGCCCCUCGACAUGCAAGAGUUAAAAAGAAAUGGUUAUUUUAAGAAGAAGAUCGUCCUCUUUGAGUUGUAAUCAGAGAUGUUAUUUUAAGAGAGCGGAUAACGUAACCUUUUUUAUUCUAAACCACAAAUGAGCAGCUCUUUCCAGAUUCAGGCUUUCUGCAGAGAUGCAGGUGUAAUGUAAUCAUCAACUAAUAAAAGCAACAGAAACCGCAGCAGGUCUACAAAUAAUCUGACGGCCGUAUUCUGCGUAUCAUGUGGAUGUCAGAACAUAGUCUGGAGGAGACAGACUUCAACAGGGAGGUUCGAAGUCAUGUCUGCUCAAUCAGAAUAAAACCUUCUAUGAUAAACAGAGAAAAUCUACAUCAAUAAUGUAACCCCCCCCUCCAAACAUAAACAAUGGCCACUAAAACGUUCCCAUCCAUGCUGUCACACAGACGUCACCAGAAAACACGUUUUUUUCUUGGUACUAAAGUGUUAUAAUUUAAAGUUACACUCCAUGCCUGCUGUGCUUUGUAGGGUUAUUACAGGUGGUUUCAGAGCAGAGUACUGUACAUUAAACCUGACCAGCAGUUAGAACUAAUCAGACAUAUAGCUAUUCUGCAAGCCAAAAAAAGGACACACCGCUGAUUAUGCUACUUUGCAGAGAGGAUUCAUGUCUUCAUUUACAUGAACUCUAAUAUUGUAAUGCGCUGCUGAAUAAGUUGGCGCUAUAGAAAUGCCAAUAAUUAUAAUAAUAAUGAAUUGUUAAUACCUUGCGAAGCAAAGGCUUAUGGGUCGUUCACAGCAUCUGCAUGUAACACUAUCAGAGGAGCAGAAUUGGCUGAGAAGUAGCGGUUACUUGUAGAAGUUCAGAAAAAGGGAGAGUGGAUUGAAUAUAUUGCACUGGCCCAGUAGCCCCAGAUAUUUUUUAAAAACCCGGUCACUACAAAAUAAAAUAAAAAAAGAAGAUCGAAUGUGCCUGUGAUAUGUCCUAUCUCUGCCUAAUCCAUCCCUCUGCCAUGGCUGGUCCCCCAAGCAGAAACUGUGAACAACUGUAUCCCACAGAUCAACAGGCCCUGGCACUAUAUAAAUAUAUGACCCACUCUGUUGUAUCAGUAAACUGCCCCAUUACUACCAUAUUAGCCCUGUCACUGGCACACAUACCCCACCCUCAAUCACACCAACUCCUUCUAUAUAUAGAAUCUUUCCCAAUUAUUCCACUGACACCAUAUUACCCUCACCCAGCAACCAUCAAAUCUACCUCCCUGUAUUAUUAAUAAUAAUAAUAAUAAUAAUAAUAAUAAUAAUAAUAACAAAGUAUUUAACCAGGAAAGGUACAUUCAGAUUACUCUGGUUUUCAAAUACGUCCUGGGGAUGUAUUACUGGGUAUAACUGUGCCCAAUACUAACAAUACCCAGAUAGCACCCAUUUCCACCAUAAUGGUAAUUAAUUAAUGUACCGGGGGGCACUGUGACCACAUAGAUACAACAAAAUACAAUGUAACCAGAAUAAUGGAGGGGUCUGAUAUUAGGACCUCACAGAUUAUUACACCCUCUAUCAAUAUAACCAGAAUAAUGGAGCUCACAGAUUAUUACACCCUCUAUCUGUAACCAGAAUAAUGGAGGGGUCUGAUAUUAGGAUCUCACAGAAUAUUACACCCUCUAUCUGUAACCAGAAUAAUGGAGGGUCUGAUAUUAGGAUCUCACAGAAUAUUACACCCUCUAUCUGUAACCAGAAUAAUGGAGGGUCUGAUAUUAGGAGCUCACAGAUUAUUACAACCUCUAUCUGUAACUAGAAUAAUGGAGGGUUCUUAUACUAGGAUCUCACAGAUCAUUACACCCUCUAUCAAUAUAACCAGAAUAAUGGAGGGGUCUGAUAUUAGGAGCUCACAGAUUAUUACACCCUCUAUCUAUAUAACCAGAAUAAUGGAGGGUCUGAUAUUAGGAUCUCACAGAUUAUUACACCCUCUAUCAAUAUAACCAGAAUAAUGGAGUGUCUGAUAUUAGGAUCUCACAGAUUAUUACACCCUCUAUCUGUAACCAAAAUAAUGGAGGGUCUGAUAUUAGGAGCUCACAGAUUAUUACACCCUCUAUCUGUAACCAGAAUAAUGGAGGGUCUGAUAUUAGGAGCUCACAGAUUAUUACACCCUCUAUCUAUAUAACCAGAAUAAUGGAGGGUCUGAUAUUAGGAUCUCACAGAUUAUUACACCCUCUAUCAAUAUAACCAGAAUAAUGGAGUGUCUGAUAUUAGGAUCUCACAGAUUAUUACACCCUCUAUCUGUAACCAAAAUAAUGGAGGGUCUGAUAUUAGGAGCUCACAGAUUAUUACACCCUCUAUCUGUAACCAGAAUAAUGGAGGGUCUGAUAUUAGGAGCUCACAGAUUAUUACACCCUCUAUCUAUAUAACCAGAAUAAUGGAGGGUCUGAUAUUAGGAUCUCACAGAUUAUUACACCCUCUAUCUAUAUAACCAGAAUAAUGGAGGGUCUGAUAUUAGGAUCUCACAGAUUAUUACACCCUCUAUCUGUAACCAGAAUAAUGGAGGGUCUGAUAUUAGGAUCUCACAGAUUAUUACAUCCUCUAUCUGUAACCAGAAUAAUGGAGGGUUCUUAUACUAGGAGCUCACAGAUUAUUACACCCUCUAUCUGUAACCAGAAUAAUGGAGGGGUCUGAUAUUAGGAUCUCACAGAUUAUUACACCCUCUAUCUGUAACCAGAAUAAUGGAUGGGUCUGAUAUUAGGAUCUCACAGAUUAUUACACCCUCUAUCUGUAACCAGAAUAAUGGAGGGUCUGAUACUAGGAGCUCACAGAUUAUUACACCCUCUAUCAAUAUAACCAGAAUAAUGGAGGGUCUGAUAUUAGGAUCUCACAGAUUAUUACACCCUCUAUCAAUAUAACCAGAAUAAUGGAGGGUCUGAUAUUAUUACACCCUCUGUGACUGUAACCCACUCAGGAGCCAGGCACAGACUGGGCACCAGUUACUCUGUAUCAGGCCCCCAUGCAGCACUGGAUACAAUGUAUUACCUCUCAAUCCUGCUCCCAGCAGCCUGCAGACCUCCAUGUCAGACCCACAGCAUCCAACAGGAUCUCUCACUCACCACAAACCAGCAUUGCGUUCGAUCAACUCGGCGCUCGAUUACUUCUACCCGGCUACAUCAAGCAAGGAGGAACACGCAUGCGCUCUCCGCUUGGAACGCUAACCCGUCCAUCGAACUCAGGGCGUGGUUUCGUGGCGCUUAGACACGCUUUUAAAAGGGACCGUGCUUAUUUAUUUAUUUUAUUAUUUUUCAAUUAUUUAAUAGCAGGAAAUUAAUAUAUAUUUAAAAAAAACCAGCCAAUUCUAGUUCUUUGUUUCUAAAAGUAUUAGCAUCACAUAAAACAAUAGGCCAUGAUUUAGUCAGGCCCCCAGGGUCUAUGAGCAGUGCUAUUAUUUAAAGACUAGGCUGAUGCAGAACCCCCUGUGACCCCAGUGGUAACUGGUGAACAGCUUGUUGCUUCCAUGUGCUUUAUCUAUUUAGAUAGAUUAGGAAACCAGAGCCUCCAUGUUUUCCUGGACACAUAUUAUAUACACAUAUUGAUGGGCAGUGCAUGAAAAGUGCUCCCCUGCAGUAUGUAGCAUUUAAAUGCUGCAGGGAGGAAAUUAGAUCAUUAUUCACUGAGGAGUCCUGUAGUAUAACAUAAUAUUCUAUAUACUGCAUGUCAAGGCUUUUCAUUUCCUGUACAUUAACAUGUAAUAUUAUUAUUAUUAUUAUUAUUAUUGCCAUUUAUGUAGCGCCAACAGAUUCUGUAGCGCUUUACAAUAUUAAGAGAGGGGGGAUUUAACUAUAAAUAGGACAAUUACAAGAAAACUUACAGGAACGAUAGGUUGAAGAAGACCCUGCUCAAAGAAGCUUACAGUCUAUAGGACAUGAUUUGUGUCUUGAAAAUAUAUAUAUAUAUAUAUCAUCAGUCUGAUGAGAUGGGCUAAAAGGAUAAGGCAAAGUGAGAGAUUAAACAGAAUUAAACCAGGCUUAAAGUGCCACAAAGCAAGGGGUGCUGCGAGCUGCUAAGCAACCACCAUGAGUUAAAUUACUGUGAAUUGCACACUAAGGGUUAAAGCUGCUGUAAGAUGCACAGUAAGGGUUAAAGUUGCUGUAAGAUGCGCAGUAAGGGUUAACGUUAGUGUAAGAUGCACAGUAAGGGUUAAAGUUGGUGUAAGAUGCGCAGUAAGGGUUAAAGUUGGUGUAAGAUGCGCAGUAAGGGUUAAUGUUGGUGUAAGAUGCGCAGUAAGGGUUAAAGUUGGUGUAGAUGCACAGUAAGGGUUAAAGUUGGUGUAAGAUGCACAGUAAGGGUUAAAGUUAGUGUAAGAUGCGCAGUAAGGGUUAAAGUUGGUGUAGAUGCACAGUAAGGGUUAAAGUUGGUAUAAGAUGCACAGUAAGGGUUAAAGUUAGUGUAAGAUGCGCAGUAAGGGUUAAAGUUGGUGUAAGAUGCGCAGUAAGGGUUAAAGUUGGUGUACGAUGCACAGUAAGGGUUAAAGUUGGUGUAAGAUGCGCAGUAAGGGUUAAAGUUGGUGUAAGAUGCGCAGUAAGGGUUAAAGUUGGUAUAAGAUGCACAGUAAGGGUUAAAGUUGGUAUAAGAUGCGCAGUAAGUGUUAAUGUUGGUGUAAGGUGCGCAGUAAGGGUUAAAGUUUGUGUAAGAUGCGCAGUAAGAGUUAAAGUUGGUGUAAGAUGCGCAGUAAGGGUUAAAGUUGGUGUAAGAUGCGCAGUAAGGGUUAAUGUUGGUGUAAGAUGCACAGUAAGGGUUAAAGUUGGUGUAAGAUGCGCAGUAAGGGUUAAAGUUGGUGUAAGAUGCGCAGUAAGGGUUAAUGUUGGUGUAAGAUGCACAGUAAGGGUUAAUGUUGGUGUAAGAUGCACAGUAAGGGUUAAAGUUAGUGUAAGAUGCACAGUAAGGGUUAACGUUGCUGUAAGAUGCGCAGUAAGGGUUAAAGUUAGUGUAAGAUGCGCAGUAAGGGUUAAAGUUGGUGUACGAUGCACAGUAAGGGUUAAAGUUGGUGUAAGAUGCACAGUAAGGGUUAAAGUUGGUGUAAGAUGCACAGUAAGGGUUAAUGUUUUGCAAGCUCUUCCCAUUGUGGGAGGGCUGAUGCUGCUGUCUCUGCAGACCAGGAAGAAAUGAGAGAAGAUUAGAAUGGCUGCAUCCAGAUACUGGGAGAAACUGCACGAUCUGAGCCGCAAAUACAGGGAGUAUGUGGUGCAGAACCCCAGUGGCGCCACCCAGCUGGAGGGGGCAGUACGCAUGGUGUCCUACCUAAUAGCAGGUACAGCCCAGGGGCAGUGUGUGUACAGGGAGAGGGGGCAGGGGGCAUUGUGUGUGUACAGGGAGAGAGGGCAGGGGGCAGUUGUGUACCAGGGAGAGAGGGCAGGGGCAUUGUGUGUACAGGGAGAGGGGGCAGUGUGUGUACAGGGAGAGAGGGCAGGGGGCAGUGUGUGUACAGGGAGAGGGGGCAGGGGGCAGUGUGUGUACAGGGAGAGGGGGCAGGGGCAGUGUGUGUACUGGGAGAGGGGGCAGUGUGUGUACAGGGAGAGGGGGGAGGGGGCAUUGUGUGUACAGGGAGAGAGGGCAGGGGCAGUGUGUGUACAGGGAGAGGGGGCAGUGUGUGUACAGGGAGAGAGGGCAGGGGGCAGUGUGUGUACAGGGAGAGAGGGCAGGGGCAUUGUGUGUACAGGGAGAGGGGGCAGGGGGCAUUGUGUGUACAAGGAGAGAGGGCAGGGGGCAUUGUGUGUACAGGGAGAGAGGGCAGGGGCAGUGUGUGUACAGGGAGAGAGGGCAGGGGCAUUGUGUGUACAGGGAGAGAGGGCAGGGGCAGUGUGUGUACAGGGAGAGAGGGCAGUGUGUGUACAGGGAGAGAGGGCAGGGGGUAGUAUGUGUACAGGGAGAGAGGGAGCAGGGCAUUGUGUGUACAGGGAGAGGGUGGGGUAUUGUGUGUGCCAGGGAGAGGGGGUAUCAGUGUACAGGGAGAGAGGGCAGGGGGGCAUUGUGUGUACAGGAGAGAGGCAGGGGGCAGGUGUGUACAGGAGAGAGGCAGGCAUUGUGUGUACAGGGAGAGGGGCAGUGUGUGUACAGGAGAGAGGGCAGGGGCAGUGUGUGUACAGGGAGAGAGGGCAGGGGCAUUGUGUGUACAGGGAGAGAGGGCAGGGGCAUUGUGUGUGUACAGAGAGAGGGGGCAGUGUGUGUACAGGGAGAGAGGGCAGGGGGCAGUGUGUGUGUACAGGAAGAGAGGGCAGGGGGCAUUGUGUGUGUACAGGGAGUGAGGGGAAAGAGCAUUGUGUGUGUACAGGAAGUGAGGGCAGGGGGGCAUUGCAUGUACAUGGAGAGAGGGCAGGGGGUAACCCAAACAGAUGGCAACAUUAAUUAUAAACAAUGUGUUCUAAUUGCUGAUACAUAGAAUGUAUUGUAACCGUAUACAGAUACACGGUUUGCCAUGUAUAACUAGAAUGCAGUGACCUUUAGACCACAUGUGCUGCGGUUUUAUGGUUUUACUUUGACUCAUGGAUCCAUGAGCUCUUUGUAACAAUGCCCCUAUCUGAGCACUAAUGUGUUAUCUAUGGAAGAUCUUGCAAAGCAUCAUGGACAAUGUAGUUCUCAGAAAUCUGCAGUGCCAAGGUUAGAGAUCAUACCUGCGAUUGGCACAUCUGAGCUCAGGAAUUGAAAGUAAAUUACAUAGUAAAUAAGAAGAAAAACAUGGCUGAUUACAGCAGAAUGUAAAUGCCCUAUGUCCUCCAUCCAUUUCAUGAUCUGCCUGAAACCCCAAUGAUUUAUUUGUAUUCAUUUGGAAUAAUUAUGAAUUCCAUCUUACAGCUUCUUCAAUGUAGUUCUAGUUGUUUAUACCCCUAUGUGUGCAAGAUCUGCUUACUUGAGUAUAUAGUGAGAAUUCAUCUAUACUAUUCUGCACACAUUAUAGGUUCUGCUAAUAGCUCUGCACUGCAUUGCAUUGAUAGUCACUGGAUCAGAGCAGUGCACUGCCAUCACAUUUGUAUGCUGACACUGUACCAGAGCAAUACGCUGAGCAUUUAUCCAUAGAAAUUGUAGCAGAACAACACUAUAUCUGCAAACAAGGCUGCCUGAGAAUUAUAGGUGUUGUAGAUGGUGAGCUUGCUGGGCACAGAUUGCAUUAGUCAGAGUGCCCUGUGUCUAUAUAAUCCUGUGAUGCAAAUGUUUUGUGGACCCAGGACAAACUUGAAAACAAGAGAAAUCUCUAUGUAUCCGUCCUGGUAAAAUAUUUUAUAAAUAAAUAAAAUAUAUAUAUUGCAGUCCUUCAACCUCUGCAAAUAAUUUAAAUUUAUUACCCCAGUUCUAGAAAGUGUGAGCAGGUAGGAGAUAGAAUUCAAAUCUGCUUAAACGCGUGAGAACAUACAGGUUACAGGGCAGGGCCUGCUGUGCACAGUACAUCCACAGAGUCUGUAGUUACACAGCAUGAUAAGGAGACUCCAAUGGGUUCAAGGGCAACUGUAACAUUUUACCCAUGCCCUAUCACAGCUUCCUUCAAACAUGACAUUAUUUAACUUUAAUACUUGAUAUUCGUUUAGGUUGGGCCAUGACGUAAGAUCUGUUUUCCAAAACAAUGGGGGGGUUGGGGGAAUUACUCAAAAAUACCAUGUUUUGGGCAAGAACUAGAUGAUACGUGCAGAAGAAAUACAUUUGAUUUUAUGUUUAGUUGUGAUUUGUGGGCCGACAUGUCACAGAAGUUUACUAAAAUAAACCUUAACCCCCUUAUAAUAAUGCAUGAAGCUUAAAUGGUACUCCGAGGGCAGAGACAUGAGUGAUUUCUGAUUUAAUGGAAGCUUUAUGCCUGCUGGAUAUGUGUACAUAGAAUGUAUUGUAACUGUAUACAGAUAGAUCACCUACACGGUGAAUAUAUUCUAAACGCUAUUUGCAAGUGUCUAUACCUGAACCUUGAAAUGUAAUUUGCUUUUUUUUCUCCCUCAUUUUAGGGCGAUUUUCAGAUUCCCACGAGCUGUCUGAGUUGGGUACGUACAUGCUUUUCAUUUGAAAGAGGGAGUAAAAUGGUGUGUGGGCGUGAGAAAGUGGUGUUGAUGGAUCGUUGUGGUUUGAGCAUUAUUAAAAGUUUGAAUGGCAGAUAAUUUAGAAUUUCUGUGAGAUCUCUUCCCUAGUGGCAUAAAUCAGACGUGCCUGAUAUUGUGGUGAUAAUACAAUAUUAUCUAGGACUUGGCUACCUGAGUUAGUGGACAGGUGCAUACACGAGAAUUUGGUUCAUCUCAAAGCACACAUUCAUCUAACUAAUAUAUAACCAACUGAAAAGACCACAAGCUAGCAACACCUAUCUACUGUACUAGCGGUACUUCUAACAUUUCUAAUCUAUCAAUAGGUGGUCUCACAUGAUUUAUAAUUUUAUUAAAAACGAUUGGUUUCCAGAACCAGCUAGGGCACAUCCGCCCAUGAACCUCCAUGUUUAAUGAGACCAUGGACAAAAGCCUAUCUUACUCUGUAUAUAAAACUGCUACUGGCAUGGAGAUGCUUUGAUGAUUAGAGUUUGAUAGUGGGUUGGUUGUAAUGAUCGAGCGGAACCAAAAUUGGAAGAAAGCAUUUGGUGGUUAGGUGACAGUGUGUAAUUAAUGGAAUUUGAGAAGAAGCUGGAUGAGGUGCGAGAAUAUAAUUCAGGGUUUUUUUGUGAGUACAUAUUUGUUUUGUUCUCAGUGUAUUCUGCCUCCAACUUGCUGGUUUUACUCAAUGAUGGGAUCUUGAGAAAGGAGUUACUGAAACCGGCCCCUACCGUAAGUCCUUUACACCGCCGUCUCAUUUCCAAACUGAGCAGGCGAUACAUCAAUGCAUUGUUGUUGUUUUUUGAGUAACCGUUGCUUGUUAAAUGUUCCUCUAUUUCUCGACUGAACUAUAUGCUAUUUCACCUUUUUUUAUUCCCCCCCACUCUGUCCAUGUUCCGUCUUACUUUUGUAGGAUGCUUCUCGACAGCGGCUCCUUAAUUGGCUUGGGAUCCUGGAAAGUCUGGAGGUUUUUAUUGAGAUUGGAGCAGCUCGUGCCUGGGGCGAGAGAACCAGAUGGGUUGCCAUUCUUCUUAUCCAACUCCUCAAGUGAGUGGUGAUGGUCACUCUGGGUUUUAAAAGGUCUUAAAAUCUAGGCGAGGCACAACCUGAAGUCCUACUAUGAGUGCACUCAUUCAUUACACUUUUGUUUACAUGAAAUCUCACCAUAUAUUGUGUCUGUGAAAAUAACUAGCUUAAAAUAUAUAUAUUUUUUUAUAUUUGAUCAUCUUUCACAUUUAUCUUUUACCGUCUUAUCUGUUUAACAAAAUCUUUGUAUUUUUUCUGUUUUUCAGGGCCUGUUUACGCAUCGUUCUCCUUCUCUGGUACAAAGCUGGGAUACAAAGUUCACCUCCUGUGACUCCAUUGGACAGAGAGGAAACCCUAAAUCGGUCAGGUGUGUGACCUUAUUAAAUGACUUUCACAGCCAUACCUCCUCUUAAUUUCUGAAAACUUGUUUUAUAUCAUAGGUGUUCCGAUUGGGCCAGUUGUGGGGCUCUUUAACCCUGGAUCUCCAAGUUUGGUGGAGGGGGCAGGUGGAUAUUAGCGUUUUUGUUGUUUUUUUCUCACACUUUAAAUCAGGCAGCUGCUUCCUUUUCUAAAAAGUAAGAUCAGUAGUAUGCUGCUCCACCAGGACACUUAUGGGAAGUGGAUGAUGUACCCCAGGUGACUGUCAGGAAGGGGUGCUGGGGAACAGAACUGCACACCCUCUGUUAAUUAGCGCGGCAUGAUUGAAUUGAAUACCUGGCCACGCUGCAUGCGCUUGUUUCCGGCUAUGUUUUGAUUGAGAACCCAGAGAAUACCGGCAGCACAUUGUUCAUGGGUUUAGAGGGCAGGGCCUUAUAGAAAGGCUGGGAUAUAUCCUGACAUCUCUCUACCUCUCAGUCAGUGUAGAGGUCAUCACGUUUUCCUUUGGGCUCAAGCUUGUGGUGUUUCUGGAACAUAGCAACGACCCUGCCAUAUCCCCAUCCACCCCUCCAAAAAAAGAGAAUUCAUAAUAAGUCCCUGUUCCAAAUGUAGGACUUCAUAAAGCUCCCGUAGAACCUUCCUGUUUGUCCAGUAAUUUCAAUUUACCAACAUUCCACACCAGGGAAACAUCUACUGUGACAACAUCUCAUCCAGGAUUCACCCCCACUGGAGGUUUAAUGAGCCAUCACAUUCUCACAGCUGUUUUAUUACAACAUCUAUACUUGAAAAUUUAGAAUCCCAUCUACUGCCAUAUCGUAUUUUUCCACAAUACUUUUAACCAUUGUCCGAACUCUCCUGAUAUUUUUCAUUUUAUCUCGUCCAGGUGAAGACAACAGCAGAGAGGACAGCAGCUUUGUGGGCAGACGAUCUAGUCGUUCAGUACGUUCCUUGUCUGAUGGUAGGCAUUCCACUUGGGUGCAAUUGCAUGCAUGUGUAAAGUAUUGUAUUAGUUAGAAUCAGGGCUUGACAGAUGACUGUAGAUCCUGGGAAUUGUACUGAUAGAUGUGUAAUCUGUAAAUAUUAAUCCACGUACCUGGUGAAUGUCACAUGUUGGCUUAUUUGGAUAUGUGAUGCAAAACCUUGAUUUUAAAGUGAAGUGCUGAUUAAGAUGAUGAUCAAGUGCAGACUGUCUUCUUAAUGAAGGUAUUUACACCUAUGUACCUGGAACAGUGCAGAAGUUACAGCACUUUGUAUACAGCAGUCCCUCCUUCCAGAAUCCAACAAAACGUGUGCUUCACUUGGUUGAAGUCAAGAUGAAAGGGAGACGAAUAGCAAUUAAAGAUACAAAGUGUCAGAUGAUUUUCUAAAUCCGAUUGCAGAUCACAGGCAGCCAUCAGAUGCCAAGGAUUUGUAUCCAAGUACUAAAUAUAAACGCUUUAAAAUAAUGUAUAUUUUUCUAAUCUAAUUUUACUUAGAAUGGGGGAACUGCAUGAGAACAGUGGUUUGAUUCCCACAUGCUUUAUUAAUGUAAAUACCCUCAAAUUAAAACCUUAAAGCGACACUAUAGUUGCCAAGAUCACGUCAUCUCAUUGAAGUUGUCUGGGUGCAGUGUCCCUUUUAUUCCUGCAAUGUAAAUCAUUUCUCAAAAACUGCAAUAAUUUCAUUGCAGGGCUAAGAUUGCCAACUUCCUGGUUGUUAACGGACUUUCGGUCCCCAAAACGACACUGUACGUCCUCACACCCUGCAUGAUGACAUCCAGUGUCCGUGAAAUCCCCAUAGGAAAGCAUUGGAGCAAUGCUUUCCUAUGGGGAGGACAUAAUAUGCUUGCCACGCAUCUGCAUUAGCCCUCCCACCCCCCGUCCUGUCCCGUCGGAGGAGGGGGAGUAUGAACCCAGUGUCGGCUAAGUGACUAAAGGUUUUUUUUUAUUUUUUUUUUAUACCUUUUAGCUGGGGGGGGGCGGAGGGGAUACCACAGGGCCCUAUAGUCCGGCAAGUGAUUUUUUUUUUUAACCUUUUAGCUGAUUGGGUGGAGGGGGUACCACAGAGCCCUAUAGUAUUAGGAAUACAGAUUUGUCCCUUUAAGUGCACUUUACCUCCGCCGUUUCAGUUGAUAUCCUGUGUAAUUGUGUAUAGUCGAACAAUUGGCGUGUAUGUAUAUAUGUGUGUGUGUAUGUGUGUAUAUAUAUAUAUAUAUAUAAACAAACAAACAAGAGGGGGUUGGCUGCACUCACCUUAACAUGCAUAAAUGGGGGUGCUGCUGGGGGCCAAAUAAUACAAUACACAAGAUCCAGCGCACUCACCUAUCCACGAAACAGCAACUUCAAUGUUGAAAGAUUUUAUUUGUUUUUUUUAAUAUAUAUAUAUUGUUUUUUUUAAUAUAUAUAUAUUUGUUUUUUAUAUAUAUAAAUAAAUAAAAUCUUUGUACUGACUGAUAUAAGCAACCCUCUCCAGGCCUCCUGGUUUAUCCCAGUUGUGAUUGUGGUAUAAAAAGGGGGUAAUCUAAUCCUUCAUCACUAAAUAUACACUACUGUCCCAUUAACCCUUUAAGGACAGGUUAUGAGUGUGUAAUCAUGGCAAUCUGAUCCUAUUCCGAAAUAGAAUGACCUGCUCAAUUAACAACUGCAGGGCUGAUGGAGCUGCCAAAACCUUAAUAAACAAGACCUUUCAUGCUGACAGUCACAGACGGUAUUUAGGGAAUAACUUGGGAUGAAAGCAAAAUUUAACAUGUGGCCCUUGGGUUUAAAUAUUAGCCCAGACGCCAUUAAUUACAUAUAUGGAACACAUGACUACCCUCUAGUUGCCAAACCUGGAAUGCCAUGUAUCUUGAAGUAUCCACAUUACUGCCUUCCUUGGUUAGUGCAAUACAGAGAUAUACUGCUCUCACUAUAAAGAUCUUAUCCUGGUUUAAAAUGGGCCCUGUGUUCUGCCAAUCUUAAAGUGUAGUCUAUUGGUGUUUAGUUAAAGGGACUCUCCAGGACCUUACAGUGCCCCUCUCCCUCCCACCCCCCCCCCAUCCCAUGUUGCUGAAGGGGUUAAAACCCCUUCAGUGACUUACCUGAAUCCAGCGCCGAAGUCCCUUAGCGCUGGCUCAGGCUCCACCCAUUUUCUUUCCCUGCUGACUUCAGCCGGCAGGGGAGACCUAAUGCGCAAGCGCAGCAAUGGCAGCGCGCGUAUUAAACCUCCCAAUAGGAAAGCAUUAUUCAGCGACGCUGGGGGUCCUCAUGCAUAGCGUAAGGACAUCCAGCGUCGUUUAAAACACUCUUCGUGUUCUAAAAACACGGAGGUCCCUCUAGUGGCUAGUGAUAGACAGCCACUAGAGGAGGACUUAACCCUGCAAUGUAAAUAUUAUUAAUUAUUAUAAAAACUGCAAUAAUUACAUUUGCAGGGUUAAAGGACCACUAUAGUGCCAGGAAAACAUACUCGUUUUCCUGGCACUAUAGUGCCCCGAGGGUGCCCCCACCCUCAGGGACCCCCUCCCGCCCGGCUCUGGAAGGGGGAAAGGGGUAAAAACGUACCUUUUUCCAGCGCUGGGCGGGGCGCUAUCCUCCUCCGUUCCUCCACGUCAGCUGAAUGCGCACGUGCGGCAGAAGCUGCGCGCGCAUUCAGCCGGUCGCAUAGGAAAGCAUUAUCAAUGCUUUCCUAUGGACGCUUGCAUGUUCUCACUGUGAUUUUCACAGUGAGAAGCACGCAAGCGCCUCUAGCGGCUGUCAAUGAGACAGCCACUAGAGGCUUUGGGGGAAGGCUUAACCCAUUUAUAAACAUAGCCCCCACUCGCACUUACACCGCGGCAGUACCCAGAGGCACACAGACGGGCGGCAUACCACCGAAGGGAAUCAGCUGGCAGGCACAGACGCGACUUUCCAACCUUGUGUCCCUGGAGCCAGACCACCGCGCUAUCCCAACAUGCGGAGUAGGCUGAGAACCCUUAUCAUCGUUUUCGCCUGGACUGGCACGGAGACACGCACAGAGCUCGAGAGUCUGCUGGGACCUGGUGAUCCUACUUGUAGCGUGUACUUUAACAUAGCAAUGCAAAGCCUUAGACUUAAACUAUAAAGGUUUCACUGCUACUACCCAGGCAUUAUAACCACAGGGACGCUAGAAAAAUUUGGGAAAUAGUAAUGUUUUGCAUAUACAAGACGUCUGCCCAGCAUGAUAUGUAACCCACUGUUUGCCCUUAUCUAUCUAUUCUAUGGCUCAUAAAUGUCAAAGUGUUGCGGUAUUAGACAAAACCGAAUCCCUGAACCCAGUGGAUUUCUCACUCCGCAUAUAUAUGCACCAUAUCUAAGCUAUGUUUAAGCCUGAUAGUCUCUAUUUUUAUAUAUAUAUAUAUAUAUAUGUAUGUGUGUCUAUUACCUAGCAUACAGGUUAGAAUAGAACCUAAUGUUAUACCGGUUUAUAUCUUGACUGGUUGACCUUGCUAAUUAUUGCAUUCAACACAUCUACCUACCCAAUCUGUGAUCCACUAUUAUACUGCUGAUAAAACAUAAAAUGGUGCAUAUGUAGCAAAGGCAACGUAGCUAUGUUAAGCAUCCAGCAUCUUUACUUUAUUUUAAUUCACUCAAUCUUACUCCGACAAAUCAACUGUUUAGUUAAGCAUGUUAAAUAUAAAAAUUGUGCAAAUUAUCUUGCCACUGUUUAACUUGUAUGAAACUUGAAAUACGCUGUUGUGGCGCUCGUUGAAAUACUGUGACCAACUGCACUACUAAAAUGGGCUGUGGGCCUCGACUCUUAAUUUAGCUGACAUGUAUAAUUGCAUUAUUAGCAUUCUUGAUAAGAACCAAAAAGUGAAGCCAGUGAUUUUAUAUAUUCUGUACAUUUUAGUUUUUGAAAAAGCAAAUAUGGUUUUGGUAAACAUUAUAUUAUUAUAAAAGAAAAAUUAGAUAUUUAAGCUGGGUUAUAGUUUGAUCCCACUUUGAUAACGAUUGGUUAAAACCAUUAUUGACAAGUCAUUCGUGUGCCACUUUUUUAGUUUUAGUUACAUGAUAUUAACAGGAAUUCAUUUUGGGGAUUUUUUUGGGGGGUUUUUUUUUUUUUUUUUACAGCCCCUUCCUCCCGCCGCCGCUACUGGAGGAGCCCACAGACCCAAGAGGGAAACCAAAGGAGAACAAGGGACGAGGAGAGAAAUGGAGAACCCAGUGAACUCGGGAUGCUGGGCACGGUUGCAGAAUCAGUUCACAUCCUCAGACCCAUCACACAUUGUAUCCUUCUCCACAAUAGUUUUAAUAUAGGCCAGAACCUCUUAGAGUCACCUUGAUAGGAUCUUGGGGAGUAUAUGACCUUUCCUGAAUAACCCUGGUAGGACCUUUUCAAGCACAUGGAGUUUUUGAUUUACCCUGGUUGGGCCUCAGAAAGCUUUUGGCCCUUUCCAAUAAGUCUGUGACAAGACCUCUGGAAGCUUGUGGCCUUUUCUGAGUCACUUUCAAAGGACAUUAGAAGCACACAGCCUUUACUGAGUUACAGGUUAUUGGAAGCACGUGGCCUUUCCUGAAUCACCGUGGACAGGACCUCUGGAAACACUUUUCCUGAAUUGCCCAGACAGAACCUUCACGUACAUGGCUUUGCCUGAGUUCUUGUGAUGAUACUUUGCAUCUCCUGAGACACCAAGUGCAUAGAUUUUCGUGAGACAGAGCUUGGAAGUGUAACACUUCUCCUUAGCCACCUGCUUACACUCUCCUGAGGCCAAGUCAGGUAUAUUUGGAGGUGUGUCAUUGGCCACACUGACAUGACCUGUCUAGAGUCACCCAGCAAACCUUUCUCCGUUCUAGGACAGAUCUUGUAAGCAUAUAACUGCAAUAGUCAGACUCACUCUCUGUCUUACAGUUGUGCUCUGGGUGGUAGUAAUGUAAUACUGAUUGUGUCCCAAAUGGGUAUGGUGGGAAAAAUCCGGCUCAGGAAGGGAAUUACUUUACAUUAUUCUCAUCCUACAUCAAUGUUUCAGCUUAAAACACUAAUAUUGGUCAUUUACUUAACUGAGAAUUCAAAGUGAAUUUGAAAUUUAAGACGAGAGUAACCCAACUGAAAGCUGACUUAGAGAAUAUUUCCAGUUCAGCUUUUUUGCCCUUAAAUUUGAUAUUUACUGCAAAUUUUCACUUUAUUGAAUACCAUUGAGUGUCUCUAUGUUCUCUUUAACACUCCAAUGCAGUGGUGAGUUUAGCAGUGUGGGGUCAGAAAUCGUGGAAACCCUGGAUGUUAGCAGCUGCAUUGGACAUUACCAGGUACAGCCUGUAACUCCUGCAAUUGUAGAAUGCGUGGAAACUACGUCUGGUGAUAACUGUAACUUCCAGACAUCAUCAGUCUCUUUACUGAUGUCCGUAACAGCUGUCUGUAUAUAUCUUGGGCGCUUUAAAAGAUAUACAAUGACUGCUAUGUCAGAAUGUGGGUUAGUUAAGACAUAAACUCAGCGAUCAGUAGGUUUUUGGAACAUGGGACAGAUGGGUGCAUGAGAUAUGGAUCUGCCCAACUGCUACGUGAGCGGUCCAUUGAGUCAUUGACACUCCUAUGAUUUGGACCUGGAGACUUCCAGUUGCGUAUGAGUUACAGAGUCAGCUAGAUGUGUAUACCUUGGAAAUAUUACUUCUGUGUGUAUGAUUUCAAGUCCAGAACUGUGAUUGUGACAUUAAGUUACAAAAAAAUUAACAGAAGACUGUUUUAUAUCUUCCCCACAGUCUAUUGAAACUGAGUGACACUCAAAACCUGAAUCGUAAAGAACGAAGAGAACUGAGACGUCGCACCCUCCUCUUACUGUAUUACCUGCUACGUUCUCCCUUCUACAAUCGUUACACAGAGUAAGUACUCAGACACACACACAGAGUAAGCGCCCACAGACACACACAGAGUAAGCGCCCACAGACACACACAGAGUAAGCGCCCACAGACACACGCAGAGUAAGCGCCCACAGACACACACAGAGUAAGCGCCCACAGACACACGCAGAGUAGACACAGAUCUACAACCCUGUGAGUGGAGAGCAGACAUUUGAUUCUGGAAUAUGUUGCUAUGUAGAUAGAGAACGGAAUAUAGAAAGCUCUGUUAAUGUACACAUGUGGGAGGUAUAUACAGCUGGCAUCAUUGACACAUUACGUUGACUUGUAACAUGGGAGAAUAUAAUAGAGUAGUCUAGAUUCCAAGGUAGAUUUUAUAUUUAGACAUAGUCCACCCAUAGAAUAUAAAUUAAACUUCCCAUUUAAUACAUGCAUAGAAUUGUAUUAAUGCAACUCUGCCUGUCCUUUACUAAACGCAUUGGGUAAAUAUUUCUCUGAACUUUGCACAUUGAUUUAAAAAAAAAAAUAAAUACAAUUUUUUUACAUUAAUAAAAGUGAUGUUUAUUGUAUGUCGUUGUGCUUUAUUUUCCCAUUUUUUUUUCUAGGGCUCGACUCCUCUUGCUGCUGCGUCUGUUGGGAGACUAUGUUCCAGGACUCGGUUUGGUUGCAAGUAAGUGACAGCUCUGAAGAAUUAGAGUGUUUAUAACAAAACAUUUAUCUACAAUAUGGCACAGCUGGGGAUACAGAACUAUAGCGGGCCAACGGUUUGAUAUUAAUGUAAGGGAAAGUUUCCUCUCUGCUUGUCUCUCAUUGGCUGCAUGGUGUUCUUAUUUAGAACCCUGGAGAACACAUUUAAUUUGUAUCUCUUUGUAACCUAGUGGUGGUCAGUUGCAGCUUUUCCUGUGUAUAAACCCAUCAGGGUGCAGAGCAUUUGACAAUCUGAAGUUUAUAUUUAUUCAGCCAUUUAAAGCCAUUCUGUGUUCAUUGUGCAGGACCUCUUAUGGACUACCUACCUGUCUGGCAGAAGAUCUAUUUCUAUAACUGGGGCUGAAGGCACUUCGUACAUGGACUCUUGGUUGCCCAUUACUGGAUGCAAUACUCGGGGAACAGACAGCUGAACAGUUUGCUGGGCCCAUUACAAUGCCAUCAUGGACGGGUCUAUAGACUGUCUCCUGCUAGAUCCCAGAUAUCCUAACGUGGAGCUGAAUGUCUGUCAUGCACAAUUUGCACCCCCAAUUCUAUCACUGUUCAUCCUACCCAGCUCUCUUGGAUCUGUUGCCCCUGGUGUAACUUGCAGGAAUAUCAUUGCAAGUCAAUGUGGGGUUUAUUUACUAAACUCUGAAUUCUAGUGAAUUUAAAUCAGAAUGGCAAAAUUGAGGAUAAAAUAGAAAAGCUGGCACUGUAGCUGAGCUGUAGCCAUUAACCAUUUUGGCCUCAAGUUUACCAUUCAGUUUUCAACUUGCUGCAAUUCAGAGUUUAGUGAAUGAGCUCCUACGCAAUGUCUAUGUUAUUACAAACUUUAGCAAAUACACACAAACCAGCAUUACUGUAUAUAGAGCGUUGUAUGUGUGGAAUGCACACAGGACACGAUGUGAGCUCAAACUGGUUAAUCCCUAACAUAGAACAUUAUUCUCAAACUGCUAUCAGACUGCAAGUCUCAGGCCUCGUGUAGACCGCUGUUGGAGGAUGCAAAGUCCAACACAAAGAGCAAUUAGAGAUGGGAUCUGUAUGAUUUCUUAUACGAGCCAAUCAAUGGACUGUACAUACAAUAAAAUCUUUCUAUUCUCUUUA